CAGAGGAAACAGGCUGUGGUUUGUGAGUUCACAGAUAGUUUCCUGGUCAUUUUUCACACACAACACCCUCAACAUCACAUGAAGAGAGUAACACACUGUCCGUCAGCGCUAGUGUUUGAUUCUCAUCACCAGAGACAUAUAACUGUACUCUCCACUGAGAGAAGAGAGCAGGAUUCACAGUAUUACUGAGAUCUGACUUCAACAAGACAUUUGAGGAACUUUUCUGAACUCAACCGAAGAAGAAAUGAAGCUCACAUUCAUGAUUUCUGCGUUUCUACUGACGGUGAGCAGUUCAGUGCCUGUGGAGAUAUUUGUGAGAGGAACAGAAGGAGAACAAGUGUUUCUGAAUUGUCCUUAUGCUGAAGGAUAUGAAAACUCAGGCAAAUACUUCUAUAAAGGACCUACCAGAGAGAGGAAUCUUCUCCUAAAAUCAGCUGGAGGACAGUCAUCAGUGUCUGAAGGCAGAUUCUCUCUGCUGGACGAUCAUCAGAAGAGAUCAUUUACACUGACCAUCAGAAACCUGAGUCUGUCAGAUGCUGGAGUGUACAGCUGUGGAGCUGGAUGGAACGGAGUAUAUAAAAACAUCCAGCUGAACGUGAUCAGAGCUCCACAGAAAACAAGACCUGACCAGAUCUCAACCAGCACCCUUCAGUCGUACACACACACCAGCACAGUGACACCUCGAACAGGAAGAGAGACGACAAGAACAAUGACAGGAAGUACUGCAGUUCAACUCGAUCAGCUAAAAGUCAAAACUGCUACGGGUUCAUUUGUGAUUAUUAUCACUGCGGCUAUGGUUUUACUCCUGAUAGGACUUCCAUUGAUUAUAGUGACUGUAUGGAAGAAAGAGAAGAAUAAAGGUCUGCUGUCGUCCUCCAUCGUAGAGUUUAAUCAGGUGAUUCAUGAACACAUCAAACACGCUGGACGUCACUGUAAUCCAGAGGACAGAGACACAGAAACAACUGUAGUUUACAGCUGUGUUUCCUGAACUUGUGUCAUGUGACUCUACAGACCAUCAGUGAGACUCGAGCAUCUCUUCAUCAACUCCACAACACAGACCAGUUCAGUUUAACUAAUAUAAUAUAACAUCAUAUAUCAUAUGAGACUAAAUAUGUAAAGUUUGGCAUCAUGGAGCAUGUUUUUGCAAGCACCUCUAAUAUAAUUAAUCUAUGAGCAUGUUGAGAACCAAGAGAAAUCGUCUUCAUCCUUCUCAUAAUUUGCAUGAUUUUACUAAAAAUCUGGCAUAAUUGAGUUAAUUUUGAGUAAAUUUGAUCUUUUUUUUCAUUAUGUUUAUCAUUGUUAUAUUUGAUACUUGUAUGUUUACAGCUGACAUGCACAAACAUUGAUCAUUUGAAUUUAUUAAUUUCUGAUGUUGAGUCUUACACAUUUUGCAGUUUAAUGGACGAACUAAACAAUGUUAUUACGGACUACAGUGUAUUCUGAUAUUUAUUUUACUUUAUUAUUGUGUCUGUCUGUGCAUUAAUAUAUAGCAUGUUCUUGUCUUAUGUUCAUCUCAAGGUUUGUGUGGUUAGUGUGAUCUGUUCUUCUGCUGGUAGAUUAUUCAGAUAAAUCCUAGCAAGCAUCAUUCAAUGAAGGCUCCUAAAUCCAGCUGCCACUGAGAUGCUAAUGCUAACAAUUAGCUUUAUCCAAAUAUAACUAGCAGGUCUUUUUGCUUCAGUUAAACAUGAGAUGUGUGCAGCAGUUAGUUACUAAACAGGAAGUUCAACCAGAGCCACAGGAAGAGCUGUGAGGCUUCAGCUAAACACAGACUACACUUCCCACAAUGCAGCUCUUCUCCCAGGACUGACAUGAUGGAGAAAGUGUGACUUUAAAAUACAAGACAUAUUCUGGAUUAUUUACAGUUUCUGUAAACAACA